UCUUCGCUGCCCCGUUCUUUGUUCUUUCUUUCCUCUUCCUCUCCUGAUUCCCAGAUGGCCUGACCCGACCCAAUGCGGCUCUAAAAUCUUUCCUAGUCUCCCACGCCGUGCCCUAGUGCUGCCGCCGCGCCUUAGCUUGGCGUCGCGAGUCGCGUCACCGCCUUCGCCUCUCCCUCCCAAACCCUCCGCCUCUUAUGCGCGUUGCCGCCAUCGUCGUUCCCGGUCUACAUCAUCGCGAUAUCGAGUCCCUGCUGUCUCCACGACUCCACCCCGUCCGCAAUCCGACCUUUUUGAGCAGCUUUGCAUGAUUGAUCACAUCUGGUUUGUGAAGAAACAAAAUGGAUUACAUGGAGAAUGAGAGCCACGAGGAAAAAAAGCAAGAUGAAGAGGAACAUCAUAACAAGCAAGCUAAUGAGGAGGCCCGUCUUGAAGAAUAUAAGAAGCUUAUUGAUGUAAAGGCUGCUCUCCGCCAGAGUAACCUAAACCCUGAGAGGCCUGAUGCAAGUUACCUGAGAACUCUCGAUUCCAGCAUUAAGCGCAACACAGCAGUUAUCAAGAAGCUCAGAACUAUAACCAAUGAACAAAAGGAUGGAUUAAUGGAAGAAUUGAAAAGUGUUAACUUAAGCAAAUUUGUCAGUGAAGCAGUUUCCUACAUUUGUGAGGCCAAACCCCGUUCUGCUGAUAUACAAGCUACUGUUCAGAUUUGCUCGCUGCUUCAUCAACGAUACAAGGACUUCUCUCCUUGCCUUGUUCAAGGACUCCUGAAAGCCUUCUUUCCUGGGAAAUCUGGCGAUUGUCUGGCUUUAGAUAAAAACUCAAGGGCCAUGAAGAAGAGAAGCACGCUAAAACUUCUUAUGGAAUUAUAUUUUGUUGGAAUUGUUGAUGAUGCUACUACUUUUAUAAACAUCGUAAAGGAUCUUACGUCAGUGGAGCAUUUGAAGGACCGUGAAACAACACAGACAAAUUUGUCUCUCCUUGCUAGUUUUGCCCGCCAAGGAAAACAUUUCCUUGGAUUGCAAAAACAUGGGCAAGAAGCUUCUGAUGAGUUUUUUGUAGGCCUCAGCGUUACAGAUGAUGUUAAAAGUUUCUUUAAGAAAGCCUUGAGCUCUUACUAUGAUGCCACAACUGUAGUUCUCCAGUCGGAACAUGCGUCUCUUCGUGUAAUGGAGUCCGAAAAUUCAAAGAUUUUAAAUGCCAAAGGCGAACUAAGUGAUGAGAAUACUGCUUUGUAUGAGAAGCUUCGGAAAUCUUUCGAUCAGUUAUUGCACUGUGUUUCAUCCUUAGCUGAAGCUCUUGAUAUGCAGCCUCCUGUUAUGCCAGAUGAUGGACAUACAACAAGGGUAACUACAGGGACUGACUUAUCCCCUACUGGGAAAGAAUCUUCUACUGUAGAAUCUAUCUGGGAUGAUGAAGACACGAAGGCAUUUUAUGAAUCUUUGCCUGAUCUCAGAGUAUUUGUGCCUGGUGUGCUAUUGGGAGAAGCUGAACCAAAGUUGGUGGAUCAGCAUGGGAAGGUUCAUGAACAAACUAGUGAGUCUACAUUGGAACAUGGAAAUGAAGUUCAAGACAAUGCUGAAACUUCUGUUCCUGAACAUCAAUUGGAGGUAAAAGCAAAUAUCAUCUCCAAGAAUAGAGAAGACAAAGAGAAAGUAGAUAAAGGAAAAUCUAAAGAAAAAGAUGCUGGCAGAAAAGAAGAUAUUGAAAGUGACAAAGUAAGAGUCACUGAUGGCGCAAGUUUAGACAACCUGCUUCAGAGGCUGCCAAGAUGUGUUAGUCGAGAUCUUAUUGAUCAAUUGACGGUAGAGUUUUGCUAUCUGAAUUCUAAAGCAAACAGAAAGAAACUUGUGAGGACCUUAUUCAAUGUUCCAAGGACUUCGUUGGAACUGUUACCUUACUAUUCCCGUUUAGUUGCCACUUUGUCCAAAUGCAUGAAGGAUCUCCCAAGUAUGCUCUUGCCCAUGAUUGAAGAAGAGUUUAACUUUUUGAUAAAUAAGAAGGAUCAAAUCAAAAUCGAAACAAAAAUUAGAAACAUUAGAUUUAUUGGCGAGUUGUGCAAAUUCAAAAUUGCACCUUCAGGCCUUGUUUUUAGCUGUUUGAAGGCAUGCUUAGAUGAUUUUAGCCAUCAUAACAUUGACGUGGCCUGCAAUCUUCUUGAGACCUGUGGGCGCUUUCUUUAUCUCUCACAAGGGACUACAAUUCGCAUGUCAAACAUGCUGGAAAUACUGAGGCGGUUGAAAAAUGUCAAGAAUUUGGAUCCACACCACAGCACACUUGUAGAGAAUGCUUAUUACUUAUGCAAACCUCCAGAAAGAUCUGCCAGAGUCUCUAAAGUUCGCCCACCUUUGCACCAGUACAUAAGGAAGCUGCUUUUCUCAGAUCUUGACAAAACAAGUGUUCAGCAUGUUCUUCGCCAGUUACGAAAGUUACCUUGGGCAGAGUGUGAGCAGUACCUGGUGAAGUGUUUUCUCAAGGUUCACAAGGGAAAGUAUAGCCAAGUUCAUCUGAUUGCUCUUCUGACGGCUGGUCUUAGUCACUAUCAUGAUGGUUUUCCUGUGGCUGUGAUUGAUGAGGUUCUAGAGGAGAUUAGAGUUGGACUUGAGCUGAAUGACUAUGCGAUGCAACAACGGCGACUUGCCCACAUGCGAUUCCUUGGGGAGCUAUAUAACUAUGAGCAUAUCGAUUCAUCAGUUAUCUUUGAGACACUGAACCUUAUUAUUGUAUUUGGUUGUGGAACAGUUGAACAAGAUGUGCUUGAUCCUCCAGAAGAUUGUUUCAGGAUUAGGAUGAUCAUUACACUUCUCCAGACUUGUGGCCACUAUUUUGAUAGAGGAUCUGCAAAAAGAAAGCUUGACAGAUUUUUGCUAUAUUUUCAAAGAUAUGUUCUUAACAAAGGGCCAUUAUCACUUGACGUUGAGUUUGAUGUUCAGGAUAUGUUUGCUGAGCUACGACCUAACAUGACAAGGUAUUCAUCUACAGAAAUGUUAGAUUCUGUUCUGGCUGAGCUUGAAGAAAAUGAGCAUGGUUCCUCAGCGGAGAAAGGUGGAUGUGAAAGGGACUCAGACAACAGACCUCAGAUGAAACAAUCUGAAAGUGCUGCUUUUGAUGCCAACUGCAAGAGAUUAGUAAACAGACCUAACAAAAAUGGCAGGGAUCAUGAAGCAGCAGCAGACAGCGAAAGCCAUUCAGGUAGAGGAAGCGUCUAUCGAGAUGGACAUGAAGAUGAAAAUUUUCUGUAUGAAGAGAAAUCAGAUGACAUGUCGGAGAUUGGAGUUGACAAUGACUAUGGUUGCAUGCUUGUUGGUUCUGAUGAAGAAAGUUUUCAGGUUAGGCAUAAGGUGGUGCAAGUUGAUCCCAAGGAGCAAGAAGACUUUGACCGGGAGCUGAAAGCCCUCGUACAGGAAAGCUUGGAGUCACGUAAAUCAGAGCUACGGGCCAAGCCCACUUUGAACAUGACCGUACCGAUGAAUGCCUGUGACGGGUCAAAGGACCCAAAGGCCACUGGAGCAGAGAGUGGACAAGAAAUUACAGCUGAGGAAAGUGGCAGUGCUGGGAGUGGUAGUAAGGUCAAGGUGUGUGUCAGGGUGCUUGUGAAGAAAGGGCACAGGCAGCAGACAAAACAAAUGCUCAUUCCUGGAGACUGCUCGCUUGUUCAGAGCACAAAGCAGCAAGAGGCAGCUCUGCACCAGGAGAAGCAAAACAUUAAGCAGAAAAUUCUUGAAUACAACGAAAGGGAGGAGGAAGAAUCUAAAGGAGAGCCAUUGCAAACUGGGUACUGGGGUCAAGGAGCUAGCAGCACAGGCAGCAGUAUCAGGUCUGCUGGGUGUGGUGCCUGGGAUGGUGCAAACAGAGGCGGAGGCAAUCGGCAGCGGUGCUACAUCGCAGGUGGGAUCUACCAUGGUUAUGGCAGGGGGAGGUGACCUUACGGCGCUAAAAUCAUGGUUUACGUAGUCAUUGUCUGGGAAAUGGAAACUGUUCCGUCGAAAUAUUUCUCAUCUAAUAAUGUAAGUCGGCAUUACCUAAGGAUGAAACUUGUGUAAUUUUGGAAGUGGCUUAGGUGCUGUGUUUUGCUGGUUAAUAACCCCAUGCUUACAGUCACAUGCAUAGUGGACUUGUCUCCGUUGACAGUUUUAGGAUGUGGUUUUCUGAACUGGUUUAGGGGCGUUGUCCCUUGUAUAUAAGAUAGACGUUCCUAAAAAUGUAUAUAAACAACAUUCAGGGGCCUGAUGAGAUCUGUUCCCAGUGUCGAGUGCAAACAGUAGAACCUGAUUAGCUGAGCAUGAGAAUCAUAGUCCAAUCUA